ACACUCUUAUACAGUUAUACCGAUUUCCUUUUGCAUCUGUGGCGUCGCCGGGCAACGACUGAUCGGAGAUGAGCGGCCACGAUUCGAAGUACUUCUCCACAACCAAGAAGGGAGAAAUUCCUGAGCUCAAGGAAGAGCUAAAUUCUCAGUACAAGGACAAGCGAAAAGAUGCUGUCAAAAAGGUGAUUGCUGCAAUGACUGUUGGGAAGGAUGUUUCCUCACUCUUCACAGACGUUGUGAAUUGUAUGCAGACAGAAACUUUGGAGCUUAAGAAACUAGUUUACUUGUAUCUUAUCAAUUAUGCUAAAAGCCAGCCUGAUCUUGCAAUACUUGCAGUAAAUACAUUUGUGAAGGAUUCACAGGACCCAAACCCCCUGAUCCGUGCUUUGGCUGUACGGACAAUGGGAUGCAUUCGUGUUGACAAAAUCACUGAAUAUUUAUGUGAUCCUCUUCAGAGGUGUCUCAAGGAUGAUGACCCCUAUGUUCGAAAGACUGCAGCUGUAUGUGUUGCUAAACUUUAUGACAUAAAUGCUGAGCUUGUUGAGGACAGAGGUUUCCUGGAUGCUCUCACUGAUUUGAUAUCUGACAACAAUCCUAUGGUUGUUGCAAAUGCUGUUGCAGCACUUGCAGAAAUUCAAGAGAACAGUAGUAGACCCAUUUUUGAAAUCACCAGCCAUACACUGUCUAAACUCCUUACAGCUCUGAAUGAAUGCACUGAGUGGGGUCAAGUGUUUAUAUUGGAUGCUCUCUCCAAAUACAAAGCAACUGAUGCUCGUGAAGCUGAAAACAUAGUUGAGCGAGUAACUCCACGACUGCAGCAUGCAAAUUGUGCUGUUGUGCUUUCUGCCGUUAAGAUGAUCCUUCAACAGAUGGAACUCAUCACCAGCACUGAUGUUGUUCGAAAUCUUUGUAAAAAAAUGGCUCCUCCUCUAGUUACAUUACUUUCUGCAGAACCUGAGAUUCAGUAUGUUGCAUUAAGGAACAUAAACCUCAUUGUACAAAAGCGGCCUACAAUUCUUGCCCAUGAAAUUAAGGUGUUCUUUUGUAAGUACAAUGAUCCUAUUUAUGUGAAGAUGGAAAAGUUAGAAAUCAUGAUAAAGCUUGCAUCAGACCGAAACAUUGAUCAGGUUCUCUUGGAGUUCAAGGAAUAUGCUACUGAAGUAGACGUUGAUUUUGUCAGGAAGGCUGUUCGUGCUAUUGGACGAUGUGCCAUCAAGUUAGAGAGGGCUGCUGAGCGUUGUAUCAGUGUCUUGCUUGAAUUGAUCAAGAUUAAAGUAAAUUAUGUUGUCCAAGAAGCUAUUAUAGUUAUCAAAGACAUCUUCAGGAGAUAUCCUAACACCUACGAGUCUAUCAUUGCUACACUGUGCGAGAGUUUGGACACUUUAGAUGAGCCGGAGGCGAAGGCUUCAAUGAUCUGGAUCAUUGGUGAAUAUGCUGAGAGAAUUGAUAAUGCAGAUGAGCUCCUUGAAAGCUUUUUAGAGAGUUUUCCUGAGGAAACUCCACAUGUCCAAUUGCAAUUGCUGACAGCAACAGUCAAACUCUUCCUUAAGAAGCCAACUGAAGGCCCACAACAAAUGAUUCAGGUUGUCCUGAACAAUGCCACUAUGGAGACAGACAAUCCAGAUUUGCGAGAUCGUGCAUAUAUAUACUGGCGCCUUCUUUCAACUGAUCCUGAGGCUGCAAAGGAUGUUGUGUUGGCCGAAAAACCUGUGAUCAGUGAUGAUUCCAACCAACUUGAUCCUUCUCUUCUAGAUGAACUUCUUGCCAAUAUUGCUACACUAUCUUCUGUCUAUCAUAAGCCUCCAGAUUCAUUUGUAACCCGUGUGAAGAUCACUCAGAAAACAGAAGAGGAGGAGUUUUCUGAUGGGGCUGAGGCAGGGCAUUCUGAAUCACCUGCCCACCCAGUUGACAGUGGUGCUUCAACUCCAGCUACUUCAAGCAGUUCUCCAUAUACUGUACCAAGGCAACAUACCACUGCACCAGCUGCACCUGCAGCUCCUGCAGUCGUGCCGGAUUUACUUGAUCUAGGAGGGGAAAGUAACAACUCUGCUAUCGUGCCUGUUGAUCAACCUUCAGUAGCUGCUAGCCCCACUCUGCCUGUCCUAGUGCCAGCAUCUACUGGUCAAGGAUUACAAAUCAGUGCACAAGUGAUACGAAGAGAUGGCCAAAUAUUUUACAGCAUGUUGUUUGAGAACCACUCCCAGAUUGCACUUGAUGGGUUCAUGAUUCAGUUCAAUAAGAAUACUUUUGGUCUUGCUGCUGCUGGACCACUCCAGGUACCACAAUUGCAACCUGGGACAUCUGCGAGCACUCUGCUCCCUAUGGUUUUAUUCCAGAAUCUUUCUCCAGGUCCCCCAAACUCCCUUUUGCAAGUUGCAGUUAAAAAUAAUCAGCAGCCUGUAUGGUACUUCAAUGAUAAGAUCUUAUUUAAUGUGUUCUUUACUGAGGAUGGCAAGAUGGAGCGUUCCACUUUUCUUGAGACAUGGAAGUCAUUGCCUGAUUCAAAUGAGGUCUCAAGGGAGCUUCCCGGGACCAUUAUAAAUAGUGUUGAAGCAACCGUUGAGCAUUUAGCCACAUCUAACAUGUUUUUCAUUGCCAAGCGGAAGCAUGCUAACCAGGAGGUGUUGUAUCUUUCAGCAAAGAUCGUUCGGGGAAUUCCUUUCUUGAUUGAGCUCACAGGCGCAGUUGGGAUUCCAGGUCUUAAAUGUGCAAUCAAGACUCCUAGCCCAGAAAUGGCUCCUUUGUUCUUCGAAGCCCUCGAGACUCUCCUCAAGAGUUAAUAAUCUGUCUAUCCUCUCGCCCUUCUUCCGAUAAUUUCGUCUGACUCCUCUUUUCAAUCUUUGGUUGUGGCUACUGCUGUUCCAUUUUUGUAUGAUUCUUAGUUUAGUGAUCUUCAUUCUUUUUCUUAGAUCUUCCGGGUUCAAAUGCAUAAUCUUCCAGUUUCAACAUUUACUGUAGAUUUUAAUUAUAAUUAUUUGAGACUUGUGUUUGCAAACGUAUGAAUAUAUGUAGCCACAUUGAACUAUGGAGUGUAUUAUAGAAAUGAUAUCCUUGAAUUGCUUCUGGAAUGUACUGUGCGUCUUUCUUUGGA